AUGGAGCCGUUUCCCCGGAAUAACUUCGUUACACCGCUCUUAACGGACCUCUAUGAGAUAACGAUGGCGUAUGCCUACUUCCGGGAGGGAAGACAUCUCCUCCCGGCUACGUUUGACCUCUUUUUCCGUAAAAACCCCUUCCAAGGCGAGUACACCGUGUUUGCUGGCCUGACGGAGGUCCUGCACUUUGUGCAAGAGCAGUUCCGGUUCACCGCUGAGCACUGUGCAUUCAUUAGGCAGCACGAGGUCUUCGCGGAAGCCGAACAACUAGAAGCGUUUUUAGCGUUUCUCCAGUCCGACGAGUGCAGCGGUCAGGUGGUGCAGCUCCGAGCGCUCCCCGAAGGCAGUGUUUGCUUCCCGCUAGAGCCUCUGGUGCGCGUGGACGGACCGCUCGCUGUUUGCCAGCUUCUCGAGACGACGCUCUUGACCCUGGUAAACUUUCCAUCCCUGGUAGCGACGAAUGCUGCUCGACAUCGUGUUGCAGUCGGCGACCGCGUGCAACUCGUGGAGUUUGGCUUGCGGAGAGCCCAGGGUCCCGACGGUGGUAUGACUGCCAGUCGCUAUGCCUAUCUCGGAGGUUUUGAUGCAACAAGCAACGUGAUGGCAGCGUUUACCUACGGUAUCCCGUGUCGAGGUACGCAUGCGCACGCCUUUGUACAGAGCUUCGUCAGGCCAGCACAAGCGCCGCCCGUUGACGCUGGUGCUUCCACGGAACGAAGCGCGCUCGCGCUGCUUGCGUAUCGAUAUCGGGAUGAAAUUGUGGACCCGGCUUUGCGUCAGUCAUUUCAGCUAUCAGCAAAAGCAGCAAACGAGUCGGAAUUGGAAGCGUUCAUUGCCUAUGCGGCGGCUUUUCCGCGCGCUUUUCUCGCGCUCGUCGAUACCUACGAUUCGCUGGGAUCGGGGGUUCCCAACUUUCUGGCUGUGGCGCUGGCUCUAGAGCACCAGGGCUAUAAGCCACUCGGCAUUCGAAUCGAUUCGGGUGAUCUGGCAUACAUCUCGAGCCAGGCGAGACGCAUCUUCGACGUGGUGAAGCCAGGUAAUAAGUAUAUCAUAUUCGCCUCGUCAGAUAUUCACGAGGACACCUUGUACGCCUUGAAGGAGCAGGGGCACGCGAUUGACGCCUUCGGGGUGGGUACGCACCUCGUCACUUGUCAGAAACAGCCGGCACUGGGCUGCGUUUUCAAGCUCGUGCAAGUGGAUCAGACGCCUUGCAUCAAGGUGAGCGAGGAUCCCAACAAAACCACCAUACCCGGGCGCAAACGAGUCUACCGUCUGUACGGGCGUGAUCCAAGUGUUUCCAUGAUCGAUCUGAUGAUGUUGGAUUCGGAACCGGAGCCGCAACCCGGCGAGCGCAUACUCUGUUGCCAUCCAUACGAAGAACACAAACGAUGCUACAUGACUCCAUCGAGAGUGGAGGAAAUUCUGCACUUGCGCCUCAUCAACGGUACCGUCAUGCCAGAGGAUGCCCUCGCGAGUACAGCGAGCGACCGGGAUCGUCUUCAGCUGGCUCGUCGACGUUGCCGAGAGCAGGUGCAGGCGCUUCGGUACGAUUACAAGCGUCCAUUGAAUCCGACACCCUACAAAGUGAGCGUGAGUGCAGCUCUCUUCAAACUCGUGCAUCAACUGUGGCUCUCGGAACUGACGAUUCGCGAGUUAAGCUGA